CUUUGAAAAUAUAGAGCCAAUACGAAAUUGUCUCGAAGAUGACUCUUCGACAGGGCAGCACCACGAAUCUCUUCGUUUCAUAACAUCUUCUAAGCUGGUCGAGUGCCUGAAAUCAGUGACGACAUUGGGUGAAAGUCACCGGACUAGAAUCUUUGCGCAGUUGCCCUCCUUUUUCAGACACUCGAACUCCCCGAGUCGGAGUCGCAGCGACUCUGAGCCCGAGGCAGAGGAGCCCAUCGCAGCAAGCAGAGGAGCACGUAUGAAAACAGCCGAGUUGAGGAGGGAUGAUGCACAACGUGAGACUAAAGUCAAGAUACGUUCUU